AUGCGUGUCCAGUCCCUCGCUCUGCUGGCUGGCGCUGCUCUCGCGGCCGCCGACAGCACCGUCACUAUUUUCCUUCCUGGAUUUGACGCCCAGUCCCUCGAAGGCAAAAUUCUGGGCUCGAAAAGCGCCAUGACUACCUAUGUGCUGAAUUGUCCUACCGGAGAGGACCCCAAUGACUGCGGUCUCCCCGGUAAUGGAUACACCGUCACCGCGGGAUCCUCUUCUGUAAUUUACGGCUUCGGCUACGAUAACCAGACCAUCUCCCAAACUUGCAACUUCCAGGGUACCACCCACGCAAACUGCGAAUGGACCGAGUGGCAGGAUGGGGCUACUUCCGUCUCCAGCACGGACUUUGACAUGGCAUCUAUUCCCUACGGUGGAUCUAUGGCUGUCCACAUCACUGCGACCCAGACCGGAGGUGUUGCUGCUUCGACUGGUGCUUCUGCUUCUGCCUCCACGGCUGCCUCUACGACUGCCCCUGCUGGUACUGGUAUGUCGACGAGCUCCACUACCAUUGCCAUUGGUACUGCUUCGGAAACCAAGACCGCUAGUGCUACUGCGAGCCACACGAAGUCCUCCAAUGCUGCGAUGCCCAAAAUAACUGGCAACGCACGUUUGUUUGCUGGUGGAGCUGCUGCUGCCCUGGUCCUGGCUGUUGUCUAA